AUGGAUCACAGUAAGUGUUUUUAAUCAUAGAUUCAAAACAAAAAUUAUAAUAUCUUAUUCAAUGUUUUUCUGUACAUUUUCACGGUUGCAACAUUUUCAUUAUUUUCAUCUGUAAUAUUUUUUUGUCGUUUUUGAUUUCAAAACGGUUGAAUUAUAUAUUAUAAUAAUUAAUAUUAGGUACGAUAUUUUUCUUUACUGGAGAAAAUUUAAUUUUUUCUUCUGCAAAUAGUUGCAUAUACGGCAUAUGUUAGUUUAAAUAUACUCAUUAUUACGGUUCAUUGUAAAUUAAUUUGCGCACUUAUAUAAAUGUAAGUGUUAACUAACAUUUUUAAAAUUGUUCAAGCGAAUAAUUUGAAACGAAAAAUAAAUGUAAAAUACAUUGAAACUUUUCGGUGUUUGAGCCAAACAUUUAUACUAUGGAUGAAAAUUUGACUUUUGGAUACGUAAUAAGACUGCAAUGUAAAUUUCAAAUUAUUUGUACAAUUUAUAAUAGAAUGUUACUUAAUACCUUUUAGCCAAAAACUAUAAAUUAUUUAAAAUUUAAAUAAAUGUCAGUUAACCUUUAUCUAUUAAAUUUGUAGACAAAUGAAAAUGAUUAAUAACAUCUGAAUUAAAGUCGUAAUUAUAUAGACUGAACAACUGCCGUAGGUUUCGUUUAGCCGAUUUCCGUUAUGGGCUACCGCGCGUACACAAUUAAUGUAUUAAAAAAACAUUGCACAUUGUAUAUUAUAGAUUGGGCACCUAAGAAAUAUAAACUCAAUUAUCAUAUUUCAAGGGUCUAAACUUUUUAUUUUAACUUGUAUAAACGUAAGUUAUUCAAAUUAUGUACGACCUAUAAUAGAUAAGUAAACAUCGAUAUUUUCAGGAUAAUAUUUUCUUUAAACACUAUUGAAAUUAUCGAUAUUGGAUAAUAAAAUAUAGCUUUUCGAUAAUGUUUUGAGGGAACACCGGACACAGUAAUAAAGAAAUAUUACAUUUUUGAAAAAAUAUACAAAUUAUUUAGUUAUAAUAUUAUAAUCACAAAAAACAGACUCAAUAUUAGCAAAGUCGUUUUGUUUUUCAUGGUUUAAUUUUGUGCCACGAUUAUUUUUUUUACGCAGAUACCAGUUAUAGUCCGAACAGAAAGAAACCCCUCGAGAAGAGGUCGUGUACGGAUUGCCUGUGCCUCAUUGGUUUCAGCCUGUUCAUUGUCAUCUGGGCGAUGCUGGCCAACUACGGUACGAUAUUAUAGUUGUCCAUUUUAUCGAAAUUCGAAUGCCCAUCGUUGGAUUCGGAUUUAUAUUUUUAAUUAUAUUAUUAUAAAUCGUGUUUUCACGUUAUCGUGAAUAUAAAACAAAUUCUAAAUAUAAUAUUAAAAAUAUCGAUUGAAUUGCGGUGGCGUACAAAUAUAAAUUCAAAAUUGUGGUUUACAGAUUUCCCCUGGCAACAUAAUGUGUACACCCCCGUUAACAAAAUUACGGAAGUAUAAAAUAAAAUCAAAAUUAUUAUUCCACAGCUUACCAAAAUUCCGACAACCAAGCACUAUUAUCACCAACCGAUUCCAAUGGGCAGGUGUGCGGCUUCAACAAAAAUGUGUCCGACAGACAGUAUUUGUUCUUUUUUGACAUUACCGAAUGCACUUCGCUGAUGAUUUUCGUCCACGGAUGUCAAACCCCACAGGUAUUAAUAAUAAUUAUUAUUAUUAUUAUUGUAUGUGUUCAAAUUAUGUUUUCUGUUAUAAAAGAAAUGUUAAAAUUAUUAGGAAAAAUUUGUAAACGAUAUUAUAACACAAUAACAAUGUAAAUAUAUUUAUACCAUAAAUAUAAUAUAUACAAAACAUUAUAAUAAAAAAAAAUCGAAAGAAUUAGACAAUAGUCAAUAUACUCGUGUAUGAGUAUUUAAUAUGUUUAAUUCGUGGUUUAUAUAGAUUAAAUUACCGCUCGUAACUUUAAAAAAUAUUAACAAUUUACAAGUAUACAAGUUUUCUAAAUUUAUAUAUAUAUAUAUAUUCAUCAUGUAAAUUCAAUUUAUCAAAUAAAAUAUUUGAAGGAUUCAUUUUUUUUAAAGUCAAGCAAGAAUUUAUCAGUAUAAAUAGCAUUUAAGAAACAUCUAAAUACAUAUUUUUUACAUUGAUUAAUGGUAUUUUUAUAAUGAUAAAUGAUGUUGAGUUAAAAAAAACAACGUAUAAUUUUAUAAUUUGAACGUAUAAAAAACCAUAGGUUGCUAUACCUAAUUAUAAUUAUUUCAUUUAUUGUAAAUUAAAAUAAUUCUAACAAAAUAUUCAUCAAAUUGAUGUUAAAUUAUGAAAAUUAAAAAAUUAUCUUAGUAUAAUAAGAUCUUUUAUACAUAUUUCAUUUAUCUUGUAUCUUUUUAGUUUUGUAAUGUAUCUUAUAUCAACAUACAUAAAAUUAAUAUUGUAUUUUGUAUCAUGUAUCACGAACUUUAUUUUCAGUAUCCCAACCAACCCUAGUUACUCUGUUAUAAUAAUGUUAUGCGCAUAUUUGACACUAUGACACAGGUUCCCAAACUUUUUUUCCCCGUAGAUCACUUGCUAAUUUUUUCUGUUUUUCAUAGACCCCCAUUUAUAAUUAAUUAAUCCAAUUCACAAUUCAUGCUCUCCCAAUUUUUUUUCGAUGACAUGGAUCCCUUACAGGUCAAAUUAGACCCUUGGGAUCUAAAUAUUCCACUUUGGAAACCUCUGCUAUAUGAAAUGCAUGUAUUGAAAACAAAUUUUAAUUAUUAGGAUUUUCACGAUCGCAUUAGUAUAUUAUAUUAUUAUUUUCAUCAGGUUUGCAUGGAAAAUUGUCCAAACAACGAUUGGUCCGUAAAAGACGUGUUGGAACAGUCGACGUUCGAAUGGCCAAAAAUUCAGAAAGAACUCAUAUGCCUCACGCCCGAUCUCAACAAAAAUGUUAAUUCGGUGGAAACGCUGAAAAACUAUACCUCGUCUAAUUUAUGUGCCAAAUAUUAUAUUAAGAGUAAACCACGUAAGUGUAUUUUAUUAUUGAUCAUCAUUAUGUGUAUUAUUAACACGCCGUGCAACGUACCGCCACACAAAUGGUAAUCCACUACUCUCCUUCAACCUAAACUAAAAGUGGAAUAUCUCGUCAACAGCUUGAUAGAAAUCAAAAUUUUCAACACUCAAAUUUAUUUUAAUUUAUAUUCCAUUCCAUCUAUUUAUGGAUAUUUUAAUAUAAGUUGCCAUUUAAAUAUCAAAAGUAGGUAGUGGUUUUAUCCUCAAAAAUAAGGAUGACACAAAAUAACGAAAAUAUAAAAUUUUAGAGCUGCUUGUUUCUUAAAUGUUUCAGAAAACAAAUCCCAAAAAAAGUUAAUACUUUCCGAGAUAAUGGCAGUACCCAUUUAAAUGGAUCACCCGGUACAUAUUUAAUAUUAAAGGUUUUCAUAAAAAAAAAAUAAGUGUAUUGUGAAUUUUGUAUCUUGGAUGUUUAUAAAAAUGGGUACGUAUAAAUUAAUACGGGAUUUAUAAAUAGGAAAAAACGUACCAGGUCCUGUGACCGUUCUACUUUUUGUUUUCAGUUUUGAUAUCAUUCGUGAUACACACGUAUUAUCACGAACUAUAUCAUAAUUAUAGUUCGUUAAAACUUGAUUAACGAAAAUGUUUUCCCCAAAUGUGUUUUAGAACACAUUUCCGAGAAAAAUAAAAGAAUUGCAAUGUUUAUGUUCCUAUUCCUAAAAUUAAGGAAUUAAUUGACGUCCCUUUCAAAAAUAAUGGAAUUAACUCCUUUAGAAACACGAGUCUUAAAAACAGUGCCUUCGUUGCCUUCAAUAUAUUGAAUGUUAUCACUAAAGUUUUUUUUAAAUUAUAUCUUUAUUAGUAUUGUAGACAACGUAUUCGCUGGAAUUCUAAAUUCCCUUGGCUAUAUCUUGUUUUUCUUCUCACCCUCUUCAAUAAUUUUAGGCAAAUUUAUUUUUCUACAAGUGAUAAUAUUAUCAAUUUUUUUGUGUGAAAACGUAAUUCGUUUUAUCACUGUCACAUGAUGCACGAUUAAACGACUGACGACAAAGAACUAAACCUAAAACAUAUUGUAUAGAGUUAUCAUUAUUCGACUUACUGAUUUUAUCAACUGUAUGGUUUUACGAGUCAAAAAUAUUCAUGGUGAUAACUACACAUUUUUAAUACUAAAUUUGGAUAAGAAAAUUCGAGUUAACAAUAUUAUUUAAACAUUAAGUAUUAUUCUUAUUUAAAGGAGAAUUGUAUUUGUUUGAGAUAUCGAGAAUUUCGAGUUAUCAAGGUUCAAGUUACCGAGAGUCGACAGUACUUACCAAAUAAAAAGUACGUAAAAACCUAGCAAACAUAAAAUUCCCAUAAAUAGCUCAAAAAUUGCCAAAAAUGUUUGAACAUUUUACAAUUUUUACACGUCUAAAAAAUCAAAUAUUAGUUUUCUAUUGAAAUUUCAAGUCAACGAAUAUUUUUAACUGAACUACAAAAACCAACAAAAUUGAAAAUAAAGAAACGAUUGUUUUUGUAAACUUUUCCGUUCUCUCUACGUUUUUUUCCGAUUUUACUCAAUUAUUAAGAAAACUAAACUGAAAAUAAAAAUCGACUUUUGUAUUUCUCAACUAGGUAUAAAUUUUUUUUUUUUUUAAACUGUUCGAAAGCUUUUAUUGUAACGAUCAAAAUAAAUCAUUAACAAUACAUUAUCAAAAUUGUACGUAAAUACUUGUGAUGUAUUUAUAAAAAAAAAAAAAAAAAAACAAGCCAACUCUCUAGAUAUUAGGCGUCUCAAACAUCGAAGACCAUGUGACUUAGUAUAAGACUCUUAGACUAACUAGAUAUAAAUGCAACAAGAAAAGUCUCUAUUUAUUUUUGGAUUAAAGCAAAAUGUCUAGUAGAAAACAUGGUUUUCACAAAUUUAAGUCAAUGAAAACGAGGUUCAUUAAAAGUCGUACUUAAUUGAGCGUCCGUCAUGUAAUAAUUUUUAUAUAGGCGUACAAAUUAUAGAAUUUCAAAAUUUGAAAUAAACAUCGUUCCAAAUCGUAUUACACAAAGAUUUAUCAUACCCUACAGAUAUAAAAAAUAACAACUAUUUGUAUCUCAACUUUCUAUCAACAAAAGUGACUCGCCCAUCAGCUCUUUUUUUGAUUAUUAUUUUAGUACUUAGCUUACUUUUAUAAUAUUAUUUUUCUUUCAUAUAAUAUAGCCCUGUGUAUAAAUCAAAUGCUCGUUAAAGUAAUUAUAGAUACCUAUUUAACGUAGUUGGUACAAUGUAUGGUACAGAGGGAAUUUAGAAGAAUUUAAAUUUCCUGUUAAAGUCAAAUUUUCUAUGAAAUACUUAUUUUUCAAAAAAAAUUUCUGUAAACAUUUUUUUGAAUAAUAUAUUCUAAAAUGUUACACUGUCUUCAUUUUUUAGAUAGUGAAAUCACAGCCUACCUUUGAAUUUUAAACAGCAACUUAUAUUAAAAAUGUCAUAAAUAGAUGAAGUAUUAGUUUAAAUACAACCCAUUGACGGACUAUUCUGCUUUUAAGUUUAGGUAGGAGGAGUAUAGUGGAGCGUUAUUUGUAUAAUGGCGCAAAAUUGUAGAAUAUAUUAUUACAAAAAGUUUUUACAUUAAUAAUUUUUUGAAAAAACAAUUAUUUCAUGGAAAAUAAUUUGUCUGUAACAUGAAAUUUGGAAGACCCUAUAAAUCGGAAAAACAAAUAUUUAUAAUUAUUUAUACAAGUAGUAGGUAUCUGAUAUACAUUGUAUACCAUUCGAUAUAAUUCUAGACACUAUACGUACGUUCAAAGAUGUCACCCCAAUUUUUUGAAAAGUGUUUUUGGCCCAUAUUAAAUGUUUCAUAAUUGCACCGUCGUCGUCAAUAAAAUGUAAAAUGUAAACUGCUGCAAAUGGCCACUUCUACCUGAGUUCUGCUGUCUAAGAUGUGAAGUGAGAUAUGGACUGUUGUUACCGCGGUUACUAUAGCUCACUGUUAAAGAUAUUACUAUCUUUAUCUAAUCAAUGUGAUUAUACGAGUAAUGUCAACAAAUUAACAGUAAAUAAGUGUUUGAUAUUACAGUUUAUUAUCUUAAUAUGUUUUAAGAAAAAUAUUUCUCUUUAGUAUUUGAAUAUUAAAAUGUAAAGUGGAAAUUCGAGAGAGCGAAGCGAUUAAAAAUUCGUUUCAUUUCCACAAAAUAUAUAAAUGCUUGAUGGAAGAAAUAUUGGCCUGAUUCAAAUGUUUACAUCCCUAUUAAAAAUCUAAAAUUACACCCUUACAUACAUAUUGUAUAGAUAAGUUGCAAAUUUCAGUCACAUUUAACCUCAUAAACAGUUUUUGUGUUUUUCAGUAUUGAAUUACUGUGUUCCUAUGCUGACUGACACCGAGAGUCUGAAAAACUUUCUGAGAAACAACAAAAUCGUGCUAAGCAACAUAGUCGAUGGCGUCACUAUGGUCGAGUGGAUGAAAGAUUCGAAAGAGGUAUUGUACCUUUACCACCCGAUCGGUUAAUAAUAUUUACAUUUUAGUGUUUUUUAGAAGACGUUUCACACCCUUAUUUCGAGUUUUAUCUGCAAAUAUAAAACCGUCAAUUGAGUUAGGUUUCAUUAUUUUAUAAAAACACGGACAACGUUUUCUACCAGAAAAAAAUGAUUUAAUCGAAAAACCACUAGACACCAUUUUUGUUGCCUUUUGAUUUACUUUCUUACAGUAUCAUUGCCAAUACUUUUGAGCUACUUUUGAGCUUUUAGGGAAUUUUAAUUUUUAGGAGUUUUUUUACUGUUAUUUGGUUAUAAAUACACGUAGAGACUUGAAACUUGUAUAUAAUACUUAUAUUGGACUUACUUAAAGGUGGUAAAAUGUUCAAAAUCAUCAGACUUUCUUUCCUUUUUUUAAUUUUUUUACAAUGGUACUUUAUUUAUUUUUGUUUAUACUGUAGACCACUUUUAUCCUAGAAAACUUACUCCGAUGUUAAGCGUAACACCUUUUAUAAAUUCAACUUUAUCUACUUGGUGAAUACAUGGGUCAUUGUUUGAUUUUCAAAACGGUAUUUAAAAUAAAAACGAUUAACCGGGGGAAAAAUACGAUUUCGCUAUUUUAAAUAAGUAUCUACUACGUUUUCUAGCACAAAUAUGGCAUUACUGGGUUCAUCACUAGAAAUGGUAGACAAAAAAUUAGAUGUAAGUAAAAAAAAAAAAAAUCACUGUUUAUGUUAAUUUACAAUACCCACAGAUACACAACAUUCACACACGUAUACUAUACAAAUCGCCACAAAAUUGCCUAUACUCGACUCCUUAAAAACCAGUCCAUUUCUAAUCCCUUUUUGAUAACAUAACGCGAGAUUACAUUUGAAUAUUUUUGAAUUGAUAAAAUUUUCAAAAAAAUUUUUAAAAUCGCUUUAACACAACAUAUUAAAUAAUAAUUUAAUAAUACAAUAUACAAUACAAUAAUAAUAUAUGAGGGAAUUAAAACAUAUAGAAACAUAGUGAUGUAAGUUCUGUAAAAUUUGAGUAAAGUAUUGAAGGGAUAUUCAUGAAGUCAACUUAUCAAUAGGCAAAGUGAAAUAAAUUGUAACUUAUAACCUCUACCACCAGGAAGUUAGACAUAACAUAAUAUAAGCAAAUAAUUAAAAAAAUUGUUUAGUAAAUAUUAUUGUUUCUCAAAUUAAGAAAAAUGUCACUUAUAUUAUUAUAUGACUUGUAUUAUAACACAAACACGUUGAUUUUCCUUUAUAGAAUGCCAAAUCAAUGGCUGAAGACUUAUCAAACAACUACAAAUACAUUAUUGGCGGUCUGCUGAUCGCCGUGCUGUUCAGUCUGGUCUACAUUCUGCUGUUGAGAUGGUUCAGUUGGAUAAUGAUUUGGGUUUCGUUGUUCGCCAUUGUUGCUCUGCUGGGUUUCGGUAAAGUACAAUACAUUGUUAUAUAUAUAUAUAUAUUAGGACAAAUGGAAUGUCAAAAACUUAUCAAAAUUAUUAUUUUAUUAUACUAUUGAAUAUUGAUAUUUAAAAUUAUAAAAUGAUUUGUGACGUAGAACAAUAGCAUUCAUCUUUCAUUCUUUCAUCGCCCAAAAGCUAAAAUAUUUAUUAUCAAUCGCAGACAGUAUAGUUGACAACAUUAUAAUACCACCAUGUUGCUUAACUAUAAUUUAACCAUAAUGUACACAUUUCUUUAUUGUAAUUAUGUAAAUAAACUAAAGAGGAGAGUCCAGACCAUGGAGUAGAGGAUCCUAACCUCAUCUUAUAAAUAUGUCCCUGGGCAGUAAGUUAAUCUAAUUUGUUUAAUUGUAGGUAUCUUUUUCUUGUUUUUUGGAUUUAGCCGAUGUAGGUAUUGCUCGUUAAUAUUGUUUUCGCGAUUAUGACUACUAAUAUAAAAUAUAAACCGUUUGUAUUAUUAUACGCAGGUAGUUAUGAAUCGUAUAUGAGAUACCUUUCGUUCAACGACGUUGAUACUUCGACAGCGUCGGACGACGAUGUGCCCACCGAUCUUGCCACCGGAGGUCGGCAGAGCUGGACCAACUACGUGAACGACAAGCUCAACAAAAAGUCCACUUGGUUGGCGUUCACCGUCGUGUCGGCUGUUGCGUUUGUCGUACUGCUGUUGAUAAUAGUAUUCUUGCGACAACGAAUAAGGCUGUCUAUAGCACUCAUUGUGGAGGGAAGUCGGUGAGACGAUAUGAAAUUUUUCAAUAUAAAUGUUAUUAUUUAUGAGCUUUACUUUGCGUUUAGUUUACUAUCAUUUUGACUACGGCAGUUCUACAUUCAGUGUAGUAUACUAAUAUAGAAAUCUGUGUUCAAUAGCUGUAGGCACAAUAUUUGUUUGCAUACUAUUAUAAUAUACGAGCGUUUCGUUUAUAUUUUCCAGGGCUAUACUCGAGAUGAAAACAGCCUUAACGUUCCCGCUGUUCCAAUGGCUGCUAUACUUGGUAGUAAUAAUGUGGUUUUUUGCAGUCGCCGUUUAUCUUUCUUCGAUGAAAUUGUACGUGUUCAAAGUCAAAGACCUCGCAAAUGACAACAGCUGCUAUUGCAACAAUAGUUAUAAGGUUUUAAAAUAAAAUAAAAAUUGCAUAUACAAAAAUAUUUCAUGUUGAUGCAGUUUAAGUAUUAAAAUUAAAUAAUGUUUAAUACUCAAUGUUAACAAAGUAAAAAGGCAUCAAGGAUACCUUGCACAUUUUUAUCACUUAGACUGCAGGUAUUUCAGUAGAUUUACUUUAAAUUGCAUACCAAUAUAUGGAAACAAAACUAAUAUUUGUAUAAAUAGUAUACAAAUCACGUAUAAUAUGACGUGUGUUUUGUUUAAUAGGAUGGUGACUGGUGUACAGAGUCAAAAUGGGAACGUUACUGCUCGAGUAACCAGACCGUUUGUAAGCUGGCCAAAUGCGCGUACGACUACCGCGUGUCACAAGAUUUCAUCACCGGACUCCAACUGUUUAACCUGUUCGGGAUGUUUUGGCUACUGAACUUUGUUUCAGCCUUCUCCCAGAUGGUGUUGGCCAUCACAUUUGCCUCGUGGUACUGGACGUUCUACAAGAAAGAUGUGCCAUUUUUCAGCCUCACCAAGUCCGUCUACAAAACCAUCAGGUUAAUAUUGGAAUACAACAUAAUGACAUUUUUAUUAUAUACACCAAAUUUGUCGAUUAACUUUAUUUUUGGCCUUCUACAGAUACCACUUGGGAACCAUAGCUUUUGGAUCUUUAAUCAUCGCCAUAUGCAACUUCUUACGCACCAUACUCGAAUGGAUAGAGACCAAAUUAAAAAAGUAUGACAAUUCGUUUACCCGGGCCAUUUUUACAUGCAUGAAGUGUUUCUUUUGGUUGCUGAACAAGUUUUUACGUUUCGUCAAUCGAAACGCAUACAUCAUGUGCGCCAUGUAUGGAAAUGACUUUUUCACUUCGGCCAAACAAGCAUUUGACCUUUUGAUGAGAAACUUGUUGCGCGUCGUGGUCGUGGACAAGGUACAUGAAAAGAAAUAAUUAGAAUGCUUUUAUAAAAAUAUAACUAUUAAUAACUAAUCGUAGACCAAAAAUAAUCUAUACAAGUCAAUUUCGCCUUGUACCUGUUUAAGGUGACGGACUUCAUAUUUUUUGUCGGCAAGAUCACCAUAACGGGUGCUACCAUAGCGGCAUUUUAUUUUGAAUUUUACGAACCGUUGGAGCCGAUAAAGCAAUUUGCGUUUGUCAACAAGCAGCCUGAACUCCACUACAAAUGGUUGCCCAUGAUUAUAGUGGCGGCUGGUUCUUGGGUAAUAUCUUCUACAUUCUUUCAUGUGUAUUCUAUCGCCGUCGACACGUUGUUCCUAUGCUUUUGUAAGUAUAUAAUAUAUUAUAGUAUAAUAUUGUAAUAUUAUACAUACCGUGCAUUCGUUUUAACACCUUUUAUUGUACAAUGUGAAUAAUUGGGAUAAUACUUUUAUACUUGAGAAGAAUUGUAACUGUUGGUUAAAAGCACAUCUUAACCAAACCUCAGGAUGAAUGAGUUCCAUUAAACACGUUCAUCCGUUCAAAGUUCAUAUUUUAUUUUAAUUUACUUUUAGAUUCUGAGUGAAGUGAGGAAAAUAUUUGUUUUACAAUGAUGUUUUUUCUUUCUUUAUUCGCGAACAAUUUUACACCAGAAAUUUUAAUCCAAUUCUCAAGUGUAGCAAUUUUUCUGAAAGGAAAUCUGCCUGAGGUGGUACUUUUUUUGAUUUUCUCAUAGGGAUUUUCUCAAGGUUUUCAUAAUAAAUGGGAAUAAAAGUAGAAAAAACGAGAACAAUUAUGAAAUGUAUUAUUUUCAAAUCUUAAACAUUACAGCCUUUUAAAACAUGUAUUAUAACUGAACUCCACUCAGAAUUGUUUUACAUUAGCAAAAAUUAAUCAUUGCGUACAGAAAUACAUUAAAUUCCGCUCUAUAUCCUUCACAACUUCUCAUCUACAACAGUAGCUCUCCCAUUGCAAAGUGUGUCCAAAUUUUUUAAAAAUUAGGUUUCCAUUUUUAAUAAACUUUAAUUGGGUCGUUUAUUUCAAUUCAAUUCAAGAAUUAAUUUAAGUUCCUACUAUUUAGUACCCUACCUCAGCAGAAAUUAAGGCUCCACCAACGUAAAAAAAAGGUAUUAAUCUAAUUAUUAAACUGUGUUUAUGGCUGAUAACCGACCAAGAUUGGUCAAUUAUCUUAUCUGGAAAACUGGCCUAGUCAUAAGACAUUUUAUUAUAAUAAUAUAAUAAUUGCUUUUUGUGGUUUGAUUGCAGUGGAAGACUCUGAACGAAAUGACGGUUCAGCUGACCGACCAUACUUCAUGUCGCUAAGACUGAUGAAUAUACUAGGAACGAGGAACGUUCAGUCCAGGAACGUUAGGAACACUCAGUCGCUCACAGUGCAUUGA